GCGAUCUUGCGAAGCGUCGGCGGACGAUGGCCAACCCGUGCAAGAUCUCGCCCAUGACCGACGACCCGACGGCCGAGAUCCGGCGAAAGAAGCGCACGGACGAUGCGCUGCGCAAGAAGAAGGACGAGCGCAAGCAUGCAGCGCGCCGACGCAAGCACGAGAAGCAGCAGGCGGCAGCGACCAAGAUCCAAUCGCUCGUGCGAGGCGCCCAGACCCGCGUGUACAUCUCGUCGAGCAUUGCGCCCGCGCCGCCCGAGCCGUCUGUCGAAGACAAGCCAGCGACACCCGCCGUCGACGUGCCUCGGCUCGUAUUGAGCGCACUUUGCCACAGCGCAGACGACCUCCACCGGAGUCAGCCGCGCAGUGCGAGGAAGCUGCCAACGUCUGCAAGUGCCAAGGACCUCUCUUUCGAUCGAACACUGGCCAGCAGUCGAGACAAGGCGCCGAGUGCAAGCCGGCCUCCGUCCGCGCGGGCGAUAACUCCUAAAAGCAGCAGCCGCCCUUCGAGUGCGACCAAUCUAUUAAGCCGACCACCCAGCGCGCUCACUCUCGCCAGUGGCAGCCGUCCACCAAGUGCACGCGACGCAACACCGCCCGCACAGAAGGAGGCGACCGACGGGGACGCGAGUUCACCCCCGAGCUCUGCUUUGGCCACACCACGCAGCGACGCUGUGAGCCCCAAGCUUGAGUCGGCGGCCACGCGAGUACAAGCCUACUUUCGAGGCUACUCGGUGCGGAAAAACCAAGUCGGAAUUGCCCCGCCUUCUGACGACGACGACGACGACGAUGAAGCGCCGCCUGCAGAAUUCAUUCCCGACACGGAGCGACCGAGCGAUGCCAAGGCAGCAGAAGAGGACCCGCCGACUCCAUGGCCGAGUCCGUUGACCCUUGAGUCGUCUCUCGACGUCUCGCAGGACACGACAGAGUCGGUGCUCGCGGCGGGUAGCGUCCGCGUCCUCGUGCUGACGUGGAAUCUUCAGGCGCACAAGCCUCCACCGGACCUGUCGCCACUUUUGCGCCCCGGGACGUGUCACAUAUACGCGAUCGGCACGGAAGAGUGUGUUCAGACAAUCGCCAAGUCGGUGCUCUUCCAGUCCAAAAAGGAGUGGGAAGACAAAAUCCGCGCGACGCUUGGGCCAACAGAUUACAUCAAAUUGCGCAGCCACGCGCUCACGGCGAUGCACAACAUGGUAUUUGUACACAAAAGUGUCCUUUCGCUGGUCACGAGCCUCGAGUCGGACGCGAUCGCGACCGGGAUCGGGAACCAGCUCGGCAACAAAGGCGGCGUCGGCAUCGGCUUUCAACUCGGCCUCACGCGCUUCGCCUUCAUCAACGCGCACUUUGAGGCGCACCAGUCACAACACGCUCUGAAGCGGCGCAACGCCAACUUUGCAAAAAUCAACGCCGAGCUCCGGCUGCUCCCUGUUGCGUACUAUGAGACAUCCCGCUGCGACGACCGAGUCGGACCGAUCUCGGAUGUCUUUGACCGCGUCUUUUGGAGCGGCGACCUCAACUACCGCAUCGACGGGACACGGCGCAUGAUCGAAACCCUCCUUGCGCGUGACAUGCACAACGUGUUACUCGCGAACGACCAGCUCACAAAGGAGCGCGACGCCCAGCGCGUGUUUCAGCGCUUCCACGAAGGCCCGCUGCAUUUUCGCCCGACGUACAAGUUUGACAAGGGCUCCGACGCGUACGAUACGUCGGCCAAGCAACGAAUACCGUCGUGGACCGAUCGCAUACUUUACGCCACGCUCCAGCCGAAUACGAUCCAACUACGGUCGUAUGAGAGCCACACGGAGAUUCGAACGUCCGACCACCGCCCCGUCUCGGCUGUCUUUGACGUCGCGUUCGCUGGCCACGAACCGCAGUUGCAUGCAGCGGCCAAAUCCAACCAAACCAAGAGCGAAGUGUGCAGUGUGCAGUAGACAACAACAAGGUGUCACAACUCGCGUAUU